AUGUCUCUUUUCGUGGCAAACACCCUCGAGCACGAGGGGCAGGUGAAGAAAAGCCUCAUCGCUGCGCACAAGUGCAAACCGCUUCUCGCCACUGCGUGGGUGAAUCCGCCCUCAGUGCUUAUCACGAAUAAUGAGGGUGAUACGCUGGCACCGGUGACAGAGCCGGUCGGCUCGACGGGACGGACACAGCAGCCGACGGCGUUGGCGUGGCACCCCAACGAGGCGCUUCUCGUGAUCGGGUGGAGCAACGGGACAAUGAGCCUAUGGGCGAUGCCAUUGGCAAGCAGUCUAGCUUUAGGCGAAGACGACACCUCAGCAGCCACAAGCAGCGCUGUGCAGCUCAUCGCGGCACGGGCAGCUGCGCAGAGUGACGUGGAGGGCGCGGUGCACGAACACGGCGCCGGUGCAGUGCUGGCCGCGGAGUGGUCGACGCGGGGCCUGUACCUCGUCUCCGCAUCACAGCAACGCCAUGUGGUGAUGUGGGCGCUGGAGCAGACUGACACCGAGACGGGCGUCAACUUUAAACUGAAGUCCCUGUGGUCCGUUCAGGCGAGCGAGUCGGUUGUGCGCAUCAUUCACGUUCCUGGCCACGCCGCCUACCCUUCGAUGACGGUCAAUGCGCACAAUGGCGCUUCCGCUGCCGCUACUGCAGAGGGUGAUGAUGAUGACAUGAGUUUUCUUCUCGCCGACGGCAGCGCCUCGGUGGCGGCCAUCAACGAGGAGCAGCAGCUUUUUCCGUGCGUAACGCAGCAGGAGGCAAUUGUGUCGGUGCUUUACGACCCCGAAAGUCGUAUCCUCAUUACACUUAGCACCAGCUACAUGAUUGAGGUGUAUCGGAUAAGCGAAGACAUCAAGGGCACCUCGACUCUGCGGCGCAAAUUAUUCACCACCCCCACCACCGCUGCCGCGACGGGCGAGCAGAUUGCCAUGUCAAUGGUGUGGGCGUCACCCGGUGUCGUGGCCUUUGGCGGCGGCGACGAUCGCCUGCGCGCUUUUGACAUCUCAAGCGAGUCGAUGGAUGUGCUGUCGCUCCCGCAGCCGGACCUCCACGUGUCGUGCUUGGCGACCUACACCACGAAAGGCAUCAUGACUGUCGGUACCGUGGAGGGCGUUCUGGUGGUCUUCCAGCGCAGCGCCGCGUGCCUGCCACCAAGUGGCCCUGCACCAGCGCUGAGAGAACCGGCGGCUGUCUCUUCCCUGUUCGCUUCGGCUCCCAGCGUAGCGAGCCAGUGGGAGGCGCUGGCGAUACACCAGGUUGGCAAGUUUGUUGACCGAGUCGUCUUCACAGCUCUCGGCGACAUGGCGUUGUGUCGUGGUGGCUCGGAGUUGCAGGUGCUGCACGAGACCAUCCGCAAGCGUUCCUGGGACGGGGUCGCCGCCGCGACGCAGAUUUUGGCGGACAUGGUGGUGAUUGAGAGUGUGACGGGGUGCCAGUGCCUGCUGCGCAGCAAAGGCAGCGUGCGUGGGCUGUCAAUCGCGUUCCCCAACAUCGCCCUCUGGAACGGAUCGCAGAUCGAUCUCUACGCCAUCAACGAGGCCACGUCGGAGUUCACCUUAGUGAACUUUGUGCCGACGAUGAGUCCCGCCUUUGCCAUGCACCGUGACGGCCUCAUCUACGUCAAGGGCAAUCGUGUUGUUUUCGAGACGAUGCAGCUCGCUCCCAUUGCACAGAUGACCUUCACCGCGUCUGAAGGUGUGCCAGUGAUCAUCGAUAUCAUGAACGACUACCUCGUCGCGGUGUCGUCCAAGAAGUACCUGCGGCUUGCCCGUGUCUCGUCGCGCGAUUUGCAACAAAUUGGGCCCGCUCGUCCACUGACGUUUUGGAGUGCAUCACAGCCAACUGCCUCGGACCCCGCCAGCGGUGCACCAGCAGCGGCGCCAUCUGUCGCCAAGGACGCCAAGGCGCUGGAGAUAUCGGUCGCUGCGGCGCGUGUGAACGCACAAGGUCGUCGAGUUGCCUUGAUGACCAGCCUUGGCCCCCUCGCCCUGCCUGAUACGCGCGUUUGGGUGUACGACUCUGACACCGACAAGAUGUCAUCGUUCGACUUCUCUACCCGCAACGAGAUGCCAAACUCAGUCUACUGGAACACCCCGGAGCCGAACACAAGCACUGUCGGCGAGUUUGAGUACAUUCUCCUUGCCUGCGAGACGCACCAGGUUCACAAGGAGGAGAAGACGGCACUGGAAGAGGUGAUGACGCCAAAGGCCAGUGUGGACGGCAUCAACGCCGACAAGAGCCACGAUCGCCCGGCCGGGCAGGAGAACCUUCCUGAGGCGUUGCCGAACAUGGAGAACUACGCGGAGAAGAAGGCUGAGCUGGAGGAGGCGCGCCGCGGGUCAGUUGGUGCCACAAACUACGUUGCCCAGCGCGCGCACAACAUCGUCACGUUGUUUGCGACGCACCACGGGCUGGUUGUGCAGAACGUCGCGUCGAUGCGGCGCUAUCAAAUAUGCCUGGUUGGCCUCACCAUUCCCGACUUCCUCCUCGCCUCUGUGAAGAUCAACGGCAAUCCGAGUGCUGCGGAGGACUAUGUGAUUGAGCAGAAGCGGCUGCGCGACUUUGAGGGACUGAAGUCGGACAAGGACGUGGCGGUGCGGGAAGCGUUAAUGAAGUUUAGCUACUAUUCGACCAUUGGCAACAUGGACGAGGCGUACCGGUGCGUCAAGAACAUCAAGAACCCGGCGGCGUGGCAAGGGCUGGCUCGCCUGUGCGUGACGAGCGGACGCCUCGAUGUGGCGGCGGUGUGCUUGUCUACGAUGGAGGACUGCGUCGCCGCACGUGCCUUGCGGGAGGCACGAGAAGACUACCCCGAUGAUCAAGGUGUGCAGUUGGCGGCGCUGGCGCUGGGGCUGGGCAUGACUGAAGAGGCGGAGGAGCUACUGCGCAAGUCGAAGCGCUAUGAUCUGAUGACCGAUGUGUACAUGGCGUGGGGCAAGUUUGAACACGCCCAGCGUCACACCGAGCGCUUCGACCGCGUCCGCAUUCGCCCGGUAGCGUACAAGUACGCACAAUUUAUGGAGAGCCUGCAGAACAUGGAUGCCGCCAUCAUGUGGUACUACAACGCCAAGUGCGCCGGCACUGAUGUGCCACGCAUCUUCUUCCAGACAAACCGCAUGCACGAGCUCCGCCAGCUGAUGGUGACACAAAGCCAACCGCUAUCGCCGUCGGCCAGCACCAACGGGUCGACGGAGCAGUCGCCGCAUGACGAGCGGCAGUCCGUCUUUGCCGCCAUCUUCCCACAAAACCGUGACUUGUUGCUGUGGUGGGCGCAGCACAGCGAGCGGCGCCGCAAUGUGCAGGAGGCGCUGCGCUUUUACCACGCCGGCGAGGACGUGUACAACAUUGUUCGAAUUCUGUGCUUACUGACACCACCAAAGCUGGACAGUGCAGUUCAACUGGUGAGUAAGGAGAUUGACAAGGCGAGGACACGCUUCCAGCAGCAGCAGGCCUUCGCCGCCGCACCGGCCCGCCUCGGAGACAAUGAGCAAGGAGAGCCCGAUCCAGUGGGUGCCGCGUACUUUGUGGGGCAGCUGUACGAGCGACAGGGCGACGGGACGCGGGCGCUGCAGUACUACCAGGCUGCCGGCGCAUACCGUAGUGGUGUUCGCGUCGCGUGGCAAGCGGGGCAAUAUGGCGUCGUAGUGAAUCUGGCGAUGAAGAGCUCUGACGAGCGACUAAUGCUGGAGAUGGCGAUGGCGCUGGAGAGGCAGCAGGCGUACGACAAGGCGGUGCAGCUGUACCGCCGCAUCGGCGCCGUGCAGUGUGCCCUCGACGCCUGUGUGCGGGGCGGUCUGUACGAGACCCUGCACGAGGUGAGCACCGAGUUUGCCAGCGGGUCCACCGAUCCGGCCGUCUUCCUUGGCAUGGCGGACCAUUUCCAGAGCGAGGGUGACUACCAGAAGGCGGUGGAGAUGCUCCUCUUUGCGAAGCAUUACGAUGAGGCGCUAAAGCUUUGCGAGACGCGUAGCGUCACCCUGACGGAGGAGAUGGCAGAGUCUAUGACGAGCGACGUUGGCAAGCUGUCCAUGGAAGAGAGGCAGGCGCUACUACGGAAGGUGGCACACAUUGCCAAGGAUCAGGGCAGCUGGUCCUUGGCGUGCAAGAAGUACACCCAGGCUGGCGAUCGUGUCAAGGCAAUGAAGAUGCUCAUGCGUGGGGGUGAGACGGAGAAGGUCAUCUUCUUCGCAAACCAUUCACGCAACACGGAAAUCUACACCAUGGCGGCGAACUUCCUGCAAUCACAGAGCUGGAGUACUGACGCAAACAUUUACAAGAGCAUCAUUCUCUUCUACACAAAGGCAAAGGCGUGGAUGAGUCUGCUCGUCUUCUACGAGUCGUGCGCGCAGCUGCAAAUCGACGAGAACCGAAACUACCCCGAGGCGCUGCGUGCGCUGGAAGACUGCAUCAGCAUGGUUGAAGGCGGGCCAGCAGGCAAAGCAAGCAUUGGCAACGAGAAGGUGGAGCAGCUGAAGCGGCGUGCCGAGGUACUGAAGACGUUCGUGAAGGCGCAGAAGACGGUUGACUCGAUGGUAGCUGCCGACCGUGGCUCUGUCGCGGAGAAGGCAAAGGCGGAGAGCGUCAUUGCCUCUUGCUCUGACAUCAUCAAACGCAGCCGUCCUGCCAGCCAGGAUCACCAGCUCAUACACGACGCCCUCCGCAUUGGUGACGUGUUUGCCCUCAUGGUGCGGUUUUACUUUGACAAGCUCGGUGAACCGAACAACGCAUUGAAGGUGAUGGAAAGUAUGCCCAAACACGGCACCGAUCCACAGCUCUUCAUCGAGAUGGACUACAUGGAGAGGGUCUGCCAGGCCAACGGCAAGUCGCUUGCUAAUGUGCUGCCUGGCGUGAUGGCAGGCGGCGCUCAUGGGGCGGGGUGGGAAGGGGAUCGCAAUAUGGGCACCGACACACGACGAUCCAGUGUGAUAGAUGAAGUGGACCGGGCUGCUUAG